AUGCUCGCAUCGAGCCAGGGAGAGGAGCUCCCUGCGCUCGAUCCCCUCGCCGCCUUCGCCGUGAGGCCCCCACACCCGACCACCUCCUCGCCGCUGCUUGCUCCGGCGACCAGCACCAACGAGCUCCGCCGCCUUGCGCCGCCCCUCUCCCUCGCGUCCUCGCCGUGGACCUGCACGCUGCCCGGUGCCCCGCCGCCGGAAAUCGCGAGGCCGCAGCCUCCACCUGGUCCAGAGACGCAGCGCCAUCCCUCCCUCGAGCCGGUCUCCCCACCUCUGGCAACGGCCGCCGUCCCGCGCCCAAGCUCCGCCGCUCGCGAGCCUCCUCCUCUGCUCCCUCAGCCAUGGCGCUCCGCCGCCCCUCGCCUGGACCCGUCAAGCCCCGCCACCAACUUGCUGCUCUGCUCGACCCCGACCUCGCGGGCUUCGCGCGCCUGCUCGCGUCCAGCCCCGUGGCUCGGGAGCUGGUCGUCGCGUCGUUCCCCGACCUCCACCAUCCCGCAGUGCUCUGUCUCGCGCCGCGUCCCCCCUCUGCCUCCUCGCCAUGGCCGCCGCGUCUCCCUCUGCAGGACCUCCUCGUCGUGUCUCUGCCUCCACUAG